CUCAAAUGAACACUUCUUAAAAAAUAAAAAGAAGAUAAUAGCCAUCUGAAUAAAUGGGAUUGUGUGUUUAAUGUUUAAAUUUCAUUCCAAUAGUAUAAAUUGAUAUUCAUUGUCAAAGUUGCAUGGAAAAUAAUAAAAAGGUGAAUAGUUAAAUAGAUUAAAUAUCAUCUCAAUUGGUUCAUAUAAAGACAAUAGCAAUAAAAGGAGCAGAGAAAUAAGAUGAAAGUACUGAGAAAUUCAAGUUCUUAAUUAGAAUUCAAGAGCUAAGUUCUCAAAUUGAUAUAAUUCAAUGUUAUAAUACUUAGAGUAUCAAGAGGCUGAAAGAUAUUGAAAGUGAAAUAAAUGUACUGAUUUCAUAUCCUUAAACAUCAAUGACAAUUACGAUGUUGUUAAGCAGAUUAUUAUGUAUAAUAAAGGAGAAAUUGACAUUAUAAAAUCAAAAAAGAUUAAUGUCUUUGAAUUCAUUUCCUUAAGGAGUGGAUACAAGAAUAAAGACAGAAUCAUAAUAUGAAGUGGGAAGUGAAGCAGAAUAUACAUAUAGAUAAUUCAAAUCAGAGAGGAAUAUAAGUAAAGUAUCUGAAUUUAAGAGAAGUUUUUAUUCGAAAUGUUUAGAAUUAAAACUUCAAUUAAAUAAAAAUGAUCCAGCUUAGUAGAUUUUGGUAAGUGAUUUAUAUGAAAAAGUUGUUAGAGAGAAUUACAAUAAAGAAGAAGCUUUAAGAUUUGUAAAGAGAUGUUAUAAAAUUAAUUAAGUGUGA